AUGACUGAAAAACGUCCACGUUUCGAAAUUUUACCGGUCUCCGAGAUUACUGAACAAUCAUCGAUAACAAUGCCAAUAGAUACAAGUGUUGAUAUUGUUAAUGAAAAUCCUAUACUUUCUCCUCCACCACCAGCCCCUUUACUCCCACCAUCGAUACCCUCAUCCAGCUCCUUACGUACAAGGCGAACAUUGAACCUAAGUACAUAUUUAAAAAAGAAGUCAUUGUAUAAUAGUCGAAAGUUUUCCACAGUUGCUAGUUUCGAUCUUCCAGAUUUAAAAACGUAUUAUCCUGUAGACGAGCCUCUAUUACACAAACCAUUAUUAUGUUUAAAUUCGUUAUCAGUCGUAGACAGUAAGGAAACUAAUAAUGUGGUUGAUACAAAACAGUCUCUACCCAGUGAUGACACCGAUCUUCUGUCAAUGAGCGCAACUGAAUAUGAUCCAUAUGCAACAACUCAUUCAUCACAAACUCAAGAUGAUACUUGCAAAAUCACAAAUAAAUUUUUAAACGAAUUACGUCGAAAAGGGCGUGAAUUACGUGAAAGACGUAACAAUAUGCCAAUUGAUCAACGUAUACUUCAACAUAAAUCUCAUCAAUUACGUGCACAAGAUAUUUUUGAUGUUCAUUUUGGUAUAGACGAUUAUGGUACCAAAGAGGUGACAUGGGGAUGGAAUAUCGAUCCAUCUGAUGAAUAUAAUCAACAAAUAAAAACACCACAUAUCUAUGAUUAUAAUUUGAAUAAUAUAGUUAAAGUACCAUUACUAUAUGAUGAAAAAGUUCAACAACAAAUUAAAGCCGAUAUUUAUGAUGAAUUAAAUCGACAACGAAACAAAACAUUAUAUAAACAACAUCGUCAUAUUUUUGUGGGAAGAGUUUUAUUUAUAUUAGUUUCAUCAUUUUUUGGCUUUAUGGCGUUCACGUUGAUAUAUGUUGUAUCAAGUUUAUAUAAUCGAGCGGAUUAUGCCAAAUUGCCCGAUAACGAAGGUGAUAAAGCUAAACAGAUGGGUAAAUGGUUAUUAGAAAUAUCAUGGGAAAUAGCAAACAAAGUUACUGGCAUUUAUAAAGUUAUUAGAUCAAAAGUUCCUAUAACAAAAAAAGAAUAUGGUAAUAAUUUUAUUUGUAUUGGACCUUAUAACGAUUCAUUUGUUAAAAGUGAAGUUGAAAUAUGUGAACCACGUAUGAAUGUAGUUAAAGCAGUUGUUAAUGAUAUGAAACGUUAUGGUGUUCAUGUUGUGACUGGUAAUUGGCUUAUUGAAGGUUUACCACAGGUUGUUCUAUUUGAUACUGGAUCGGCAGCAGAUCGUUUAGAUGGAUGGAGAAGUGACUUUUUUGAAUAUGCCAGAAUUCAAAUACCAUAUCAUGAUAAAGAAGCCAAUGAUGCAGUCAUAUUUGGGUUUUGUGUUUUCUGGUUUAUUGGAAUAUUUCUUAAAAAAUUAAAAUUUUAUAAACGUCGUUAUGUAAUUGCGCAUUUUCAUGAAUGGUUAGCUGGUGUUGGUUUAAUUAUGGCACGUUUACGUGGUUAUGAUUGUGCAUUAGUAUUUACAACACAUGGAACAUUAUUAGGAAAAUGUUUAUGUGGGAGUUCAACUGAUUUUUAUAACCGUUUAGACUCGUUUAAUUCGGAUAAAGAAGCUGGUGAUCGUCAGAUAUAUCAUCGUUAUUGUAUUGAACGUGCUGCUGCUUCAUGUGCACAUGUAUUUACAACAGUAUCAGGAAUAACUGGAAUCGAGUCCGAAUUUUUAUUGAAUAAAAAGCCAGAUUUAUUAACACCAAAUGGUUUAAUUGAACAACGUUUUGCUGCGUUGCAUGAAUUCCAAAAUCUUCAUGCACAAAAUAAAGAAAAAUUACAUGCAUUUGUACGUGGUCAUUUCUAUGGCCACUAUGAUUUUGAUUUGGAUAAAACACUAUAUUGCUUUAUCACUGGUCAAUAUGAAUUUUUUAAUAAAGGUGUCGAUAUGUUUAUUGAAUCAUUAGCAAAAUUGAAUGAUAUGCUUAAAUCACUUGGUUCCGAUAUGACCAUUAUUGCAUUUCUGAUAUUUCCAACAGCUACAAAUAAUUUUAAUAUUGAAUCAUUACGUGGCCAAUCUAUUGCAAAAAUGUUACGUGAUACUGUACAAAAUGUUCAAAGUGAAAUUGGUAAACCUUUAUAUGAAGUUUGUUUAAAAGGAUGUGUUCCGUCGGCUGAUGAAAUUUUACAUACAGAAGAUAUGAUUGAAUUAAAAAAAUGUGUAUUGGCAUCUGAGCGUUCAUCUUUACCAUCCAUAUCUACACACAAUGUUGUUGAUGAUAGUACAGACCCAAUAUUAAAUUCAUUGCGCCGUUAUCAAUUAUUUAAUAAUCGUUCUGAUCGUGUCAAAGUUAUAUUUCAUCCAGAAUUUUUACGUAGUACAAAUCCGUUAUUACCAUUAGAUUACGAAGAGUUUGUUCGUGGUUGUCAUUUGGGAGUAUUUCCAUCAUAUUAUGAACCAUGGGGUUAUAGCCCAGCUGAAUGUACAGUAAUGGGUGUACCAGUUAUAACAACAAAUUUAUCCGGUUUUGGUUGUUUCAUGGAAGAACGUAUUAGUGAUCCUAGUUCACACGGUAUUUAUAUUGUUGAUAGACAUUAUAAAACUGCUGAAGAAUCAUGUCAACAAUUAACAAAAUUUAUGUUUGAUUUUUCACAAUUAACAAGACGUCAACGUACUAUGUUACGUAAUAGAACAGUACGUUUAAGUGAAUUAUUAGAUUGGAAAACACUUGGAAUUUAUUACUAUAAAGCACGUCAGUUAGCUUUACAGCGAGUUCAUCCAGAAAUGGAAGGAGAAAUGAAGCUAAUUACAAAUCCAAAAUAUAAUCCUGGAAAAACACUUCAAUCUAGAAGAUCAUCUUCAUCGUCAUCUUCGUCUUCCUCUUCUACAGAAAGCUCAUCAGCAUGGUCGGAUGAAGAUCGUAAAAUGAAAUUAAAAGAAGCUGAACGGCAGCAAGAAGCAUCAUCCACACCCAUUCAACUGACUGACGAUAUUUUACUGGGUCCAUAUAGUCACAAUGAGAUAAUAAGUAAGAUUUAG